AUGGGGUCUGCUGUUCGCAACGGAGAAAAGGUAAUAAUUCUAACCGGUGCGGGUGCCGGUAUCGGUCUUGCCAUCACCAACCAGCUUUUAACCAACUCUAAUGUUUCGCUUGUUGUCGGGAUAGACGUCAAGACAUCAGAGAUUGAGUCGCUGCUCGAGAAGCACCAAGAUAGGCUCACCAUCAUUCAAGGAGAUGUCUCUGAUCGAACCACUAGCGAGAGAGCUGUCAAAAAUGCAUUGGACCGCAAAGGAAGGAUCGAUGCUAUCAUCCUCAAUGCUGCCAUCUUACGUCCCAUUGGGCCUGCUGCAGAGACGAAAGUUGAGGAAUGGAAAAGGCUGUUUGACGUAAAUUUCUUUGGUUUGUUGCACACAAUCCAGGUCGCAUUACCACAUCUGCGGAAAACUCAAGGUCAAAUCUUGAUGACGUCUUCGGGGACAUCUUUUAGGGCACAUGCAGCUUGGACCGCAUACGCGUGCUCAAAAGCCGCAAUGAAUUGGCUCUGUGCUGGCUUGGCUGUGGAAGAGGAUCAGGUGACGAUGUUAUGUGUCACACCCGGUAUCGUAGAUUCGGGGCAACAAGCUGAGAUCCGAAAUGAGCACAAAUCAAAUAUGCCUCCAGAGCAAUAUAAAUGGCUCGCGGACUUGCAUGCUCGAGGCGAAUUGCUACCUCCCCAGCGUCCAGCAAGUUCCUUUGUGAGGCUAGCCGUGAAUGGAAUCCCAAAGGCCUUGAACGGCCAGGUUGUGCCAUGGGAUGAUGCAAGGAUUUAUUCUGCAAACUAG